AUGAAGAGAGUUGAUAAAAUAAUUACUUUAGCCUUAAAAAAUGGAACAACUGAACCAUUACAAGGAUGUUCAAAAGAUGACCAUAUCAGUACAUCAUUAAAUAAAUCUGAGGUUAGUAGUGAGCUUAACCAAGAUCAAAUACGAGCUGCUGAGGGUUUAGAAAGUUUGAUUACUCUUUCUGAUUUAGGAUUAUCACAUGAUGAUCGAAAUGAUAUGACAACACCACUUGAUACAUGUGGCGGUCAAAACAAAAAUAGCCAUGUGGCUGCUAUGUUUCUUUGCAUAAGCAAACUUAUACCAGAUAUGCGAAUAGAUCACAAGUUUUUAAUCCCUGGUCAUACUCACAUGGAAUGUGAUUCUGUUCAUGCUCAAAUAGAGCGAAAAAAGAAAAAGACUGACAUGUCUAUACAUUUGCCUAGAGACUGGUACAAUUUGGUAAGAUUAACAAGUUCAAAUAUUACUGUCAUUAUCAUGAGAAAUGAUAUGUUUCUUGAUUUUGCAAGUUUGUACAAGAGUCCAAUGCAAUUAAGGAAGGUCGAUCCAUCUGGAGAAAAGUUUAUAUGGCAUGACGUGAAAUGGUUCCGGUACAGUGGUGAAAAUGAAUCAGGCACAAUACAAUUUAAAACCAACAUAGACUCGCCUGUAUUCAAAAAUAUUUCUUUUAGUAGAAGAGGCAAAGCAAACGAACCGUUCAAUCCUCAGAAAUGUUACGAUAAUCCUUUGCCUAUUAGUCAAGAAAAAAAAAAUAAAGAUCUCUUGGGUAUUCUUCAUUUAAUUGACAAUGAUUGCCACAAUUUUUAUAAGAAAUUAGAAACUAAUUCAAGUACCCGUUAUGUGGACACUGACCUAGAGGAAUUUAACGAUGUCUAA